ACUCAGCCAGCGUGGGGUCAGACCAAUCACAGGGCUCGAUGUACAACUUGUCUUUGUCGCCCUGUAGAGCAAUUAUACAACAACAAAGCUAUCGGGGUAGGAAGAAGAUGUUAUGUUACCUCUCACAUAUCAGGUGCUGUAGUUUUUUAUGACAUGAUGCGCUGCUAGUCGUCUAGUUCAGUCGUUUGGACGAGAACUCGCACACGGACUCAUCGUUUUUAUUUUAUCGACUUCUCCACAUUGUGAUAUGGAAACAGACACGGUGAUUCCUAUCUGGCAGAACAAGCCCCAUGGUUCCACACGCAGUGUGGUACGGAGAAUCGGAUCAACCCUGCCUUUGAAGCCCAGCCCAAGAGCCUGUUUCCAGGCUCUCCCGGGGUUGCCCCCUCAGCACCUCACAGGGCCCAUGGUGCCAACGCUGGCGGACAUUGCUUGGAUCGCUGCUGAUGAAGAGGAGACGUACGCCCGAGUCAGGAGUGACUCGCGCCCUUUCAGGCAGGAGUGGAAGCCAACACCCCUGCUGGUUCUCCAUAGAAACUCCUCUGUGCCCAACUUCAGGAGGGAAGGGAAGAAGAUGGAAGGCUUGAAGAAGCCAGGUCAGACUGCACUGAACAGAACCACAGCCCUACAGGACGAGCUCAGUCGACUGCGUGCUCAGAUCGCCAAGAUAGUGGUGGCAGAUUCAGCCCCUGUGACGCCGGACCUCCUGUCCCCAGAUGACACCAGCCUGAGUUUUUCGAUGGCCCCCUUCGAGUCCUUCCAGCAGGGGGGCUCGUUCGUGAUCAGCGACCUCUCUGAGGCAGUGCCUGACCUGGAGUCCGACCCCCCUGCCCUCUCCAUGACCGCCUCGGCCACCUUUGAGCUGCAGCGACCCGGCAUGAACUGCGAGGAGCAGGAGGAGGACACAGUGUCCCUGUCCAAGUCCACCAGCUUCGCUGACGUCAUGGACAUCCUCAAGGACAUGAAACGGAUGAAGAUGAGCAAGGACCGCAGGUUCUCUCGUGGCUGCACCUCCCUUCCAAUCGAGGACUCGGCCUCCCUCAUCUCGGAGGUUUUGAAGAAGAAGUUCACCCUGAAGGACGAGGAUUUCAGCCUUCAGGAAUAGAUUUACCUGUAACAGUAACCAUACCAGACACACAAGACAGUGCUAUGCCAUCAACAGGAAGCCAUACAAACCAACAUCAGCUGGGUUUCAUUGAAACGACCAGAGAGAGAGGUAGCUCAUUUCUGUGCCAUCCAAACCCAAUUCGUUACCGAUUCAACACUCAGAUGGACAAUGUGUUUUUUUUUUGUUUUUUUUUUAAAAUUAAUUUUAUUAAGAAAAAGUCGUAUCUGAACUGUUUCCAAUUUGGUUGUGCUGAGCAUGCAGGGGUUGAUACAAUAGGGAGGUGACACAGAUUUUCCCCUGCCCGGUGGCUUUUGAGACUGAGCUGAGAUUUGAAACCAAGUGCUCUGGUCUCCUAGUGGGUAGCUAAAACUGUGCCAUAGAUAGAAUUAUUAUUUUCAUUUAAUUUCAGUCCCACUUGUACCUAGUUUUACUGCUGGAGGUGGGAUUGGGUCUGUUGAAAGCAUGUAGAUCAGUGGCAUGAGAUGUGGUUUGGGUACCAUAAUCUGCUUAAUCUCUAGUACUGAGCAAAAGUGCACGCUAUCUUCCCCCAGUCGCAAUUAAAUCAUUGACUGCUAGAUGGCACUGUUGUACAGCAAACCACUCUGAUACACUAAAUUAUAUUGCCAGUAAUGCAGGGCUGGAAAGCCAAGACUAGUCUUGUGCUAAUAGCUAGUGUGAGCACAAUGUAAAAAUUGCAUUUGAUAUGCUGUAUCUGUGAGUGUUAGAGGACUUGCAUCCACCUUUGCAUUGAAACCGCAACAAUAAAUGAAACAGGUUAAUUUAAGAGAUCAGUUUAUUUUGGACCAUGCUCUAGCUUUUUACUCAAGUGUGCACCCAAACUGGCAAUGUUUUAAAACUAGAACGAAACAUGACGACUCCUCAAAAUGUAAUAUAUCUUUAUCCAUCUUCUGGUUUUUGUGCUGGUGUGUUUUUUCCUUUUGUAGAAAGUGAAGAUAUUUGCACCCUGGAGUAAAAUGAAUAAACAGGGCCCUUGUGUUUUAUAACCCCUAACUAUGGAGAAAUUGAGUCUGAUUUUUGUGGCUCAAUUCCUCUAAAAAAUAAGAGGGUUUCAGUCUCUGUGAGCUCCAUCCAGGUUGUUUAGACAAGUAGGUGUGGGUUUCUGACGACAGACGAGGGCGUUGUGACAGCAAGUCCUUUACUUCGGUGAAUGAUUUUGUUUCUUUUGCAUGAAAUAAAAAUCAGAAUAUUUAUUGUGCCCCACCAAAACGGUGUGGCUUCAUUUAGAGAGAAUGUGACCAACAAAUAUUACCCUUGAUUCGUCUCCCCAAAGCAAGAUCACACCUUUUGAAAGACGAGAGACUUGAGUCUUGAUCAGGUAUCCUGGUGGAUUUGUGUAUGACUCCAGUCCUGCCCCCCCCCCCCCCCCGGCAAGUAUUGGUAUACCAUGUACAUUUUCAUAAUAUUUUAAUAUCCCUUUUUGCUUUGUUAUAUUGUGAGCAAGCGCCGUUCUCUAAAAUUCCCACCCCAAGCCAAUUCUAUGUGAAAUUUAAUAAAGGUCAAUUUUUUUCACCAGAUUCGUUCUUUAACUUAUGUAAUAAAAAUAAAAUAAAAGUAUAUAACGCAACUGGUUUGAACCUAAAACAAACUACAAAGACCUGACAGAGUGGAGUUUUUAGUGGAUGGUUGAUUCAUUUGGGAAAAUGGUUUAGGAGGCUGAGCACAGUCAUUGAAUCGUUUGGGGAAAAGUCUUUUUAGUGUUCAUAGUGGACAGGAUCCUACAUUACAAAACUACCAUCACAGUUUGUACUACCUGUCACUGUUGCAAGGCAGGUAUUUCAGAGAGACCCAGGAUUGGUUGGAUAGGGAGACUGAACUAUGUGUUCAGGGCAAGGCGUGCAUGUUCAUGAGAAACCCCACUCCCAAGAGGAAGGCAGCAAGCACACAUACCAGCAUGUAGUGGAGAAAGGGGUUAUUUCAAUGAAACAAUCUGUAGAUAUUAAUCAUUGAUAAUUAUUUAAAGGGUUGACCUAGAACUUCAUUGAAAAUAAUGUGUGACAUAUUGUAUAUGUAAUAUACUUCAUGUAAUGUGUAUAUUUCAUGUUGGCGAUAUUUGAUCGCCACACCUACUGUAGGUUUUAUUAUGGAUAUGACAAAAGAGACGCACUGAAAUGUUCCAUGGAUCACUAAUUUCCAAGUAAUUGGUUUUACUGUGGUUUAUCAAGAAGUUAGGCAAUAAAACAUACUGCAGGGUAUGGGGUGGAGUUGGUGUGACACAGACCUGCAUUGAAAGAGUCAGCCCCCCUCGCCCCCUUUUGUCUUAGUCCCUGCAGAGGGAGCGUGUUCCCUUUGUUCAGCCCCUGUGUCCCUGAAGAAGUCGGGUCUUGCUUCAGUACCUCUGCCGCUCUCACUGUUGAUUGCAGUGUGGAGCUCAGUGUGCCGGGGGACAGUAUUCCUAUGGCGGAGGCAGUCAAGGCGUUUUAUAUGGCUGCUGUUGGUCUGUGUAAUGUGUGUUUGAACUCUGAACAUGUAAAGAUUCUGCUAUGUAAAGUUAAGCACUAAGUUAAUAAUAAAAAGUUGCAUUUUAAUUAAAGUGCCUGACUCCCUUUUUAAAUAAAUAAAUCAAUCUA